AUGGCACACAAUAACACCUGGCAUCAGGUAUUCAUACCCACUGUUGCACACUGGGCUAGUGGAGACAUUGAGCUGUGGGGCCCUGAUGACCAUGAAUUAAGGGACAUCAUACAAGAUAUCUGGGACCAUAUAUACAAGGGUAAGAUCGAGCAUGAAAUUUCCAGUUCUGGCACUGUUUUGAAAGUAGCCAAACAAUGCCUCAUGGAAUGGCGCGGAGGGUUUGGUGUUGCUGCUUGUUCCAUUCUUACAGCAUUUUUUGCACAGGACACUGAUUUCCUGGAUCUGGAGGCUUGCAAGGAAUUUUCACAAGCCAUGCUGAAACAAAACCACUUUAUAUUCAGGGAUAAUGCUGGGCUCGCUCCCAAGGCUUGGAUGGGCAUGUGGAAGGCCUCCUUCAUACUCCAGACAUUUGCAUCCCACCUCAAUUUCACCUAUGGCCAUGUUGAAAUUCCCGACCUCCACACCAAAGAAAUUAGUGUGUGGGCCACCUUUACCUUUGCUGUUACUGCAGUGUGCCGUAUUCUUCAGCUAGUUGUGGAUGGGAAUAUGACCUUCAAAAUCAUUUCAGAAACCCGUGCCAAGCGCACCAAAGCUACGAAGACAGACAAUGGAGAUAUUUGGACACCCAUCAUCAAGAAGGGCGAGCAAUUUGCCUUUAGCAAACCCGUCUGGGGGCCUAUGACCCAGAAGUUCAUGCAGCCCAUCAUAGUGCUUCCUGACGAGAACUUCACGAGCAUAGUGCAAGAGGCACAGCAGUAUGCCAAGCAUCUGAGAAGUACUGGGAGCUCGAGGGCCACAAGUAAUGUCAUGCCCAAUGAGGACAAUAGAUUCGCAGACCUGUUUGCAUUCUGUUAA